AUAUUGCGCGUGAAUCAAUUGAAAAUCUCCGGUGGUUUUCAGAUCCAAAUCUGCGAUUGCUUGAGUUCUCCCAGGGAAUGUUUUUGACUGGAGCACCUGGAACUGGAAAAAAAAAAUCUGCUUGCCAAGGGCAGAAAAUAGGUGGUCAGGAAUUGAUUGGGGCUUGGAUUUUUUCCAGUGACACUAAGGUAUCCCAAGAUUUUUGGUCCCCUUCUUUAUUGGUUCAUGAAUCAUGUCAAAGUUUAAAACUAUUGAUUCAUUCUUCAAAAGGAAAGAAGCCGACAUUUUGGAAAGUAAUACACCAUUGGAUUUUAUUGCCGAAACUUCAAAUCCCAAUGAGCGCCAUCUUAAAUCUCCAAGGGUUGAAGAUGAAGAACAUCCUUUUGAAUCUCUAAUUGCGGAAACACUAAAGAUUCAUUUUAAAUCAUCCACACUUAGUGUUAAUGAAGUUGAUGUUUCUUCUAUAGAACGAGAUCCAGGAUUACGUCCUUUGUUGUGUGAAUAUCCAGUUAAUCAACGUGAUGAAAUAUCGAGGAUUUUGCAAGUCAUUGCAAGUAAAGUGCGACAUAAAAUUCGUGAAGAUAUUGGAGACUCUAAAUUUUGCAUUAUUGUUGAUGAGGCACAAGAUGAGUCUAACAGAGAGCAAAUGGCUAUUGUUUUGAGAUUUGUUGACAAAGAUGGUUUUAUACAAGAACGUUUCUUUGAUCUAGUUCAUGUUAAAGAUACAUCGGCAUUGACUCUAAAGAAUGAAAUAUCUGAUGUUCUCUCUCGUUAUCGCCUUGAUAUUCAAAAUAUCUGUGGACAAGGAUAUGAUGGUGCCAGUGAAAUGCGUGAUGAAUGGAAAGGAUUGCAAGCAUUAUUUCUUAAUGAUUGUCCUUGUGCAUAUUAUGUUCAUUGUUUUGCUCAUCCAUUACAAUUAGCAUUAGUUGCUGCAUCUAGAGAGGUUGCUUCUGUUCAUAUUUUCUUCACAAAUUUGAACUUUAUUAUCGAUGUGGUCAGUGCUUCAUGUAAACAUCAUGAUCAACUACAAGCUGUUCAUGCAACACAAAUUGCACAUAUGCGAGCUAUUGGUGAGCUUGAAACUGGAAAAUGGGCUAACCAAAUUGACACUUUGAAAAGAGCCGAUGAUUCUUGUUGGGGUUCUCAUUUUAAUUCUAUUUGUAGCAUAAUAAGGAUGUUUGAUGCUACUUGUACAGUGCUUGAAGAUGUUAUAAGAGAAGGAGGCACUUAUUCACAACGAGGAGAUGCUAAUAUUGCUUAUAACAUGCUUACAUCCUUCGAGUUCAUAUUUAUUUUACAUUUAAUGAAAGAAAUCAUGGGCAUUACUGAAGUUCUUUGUCAAGUUUUGCAGCAAAAAUCUCAAGACAUUUUGAAUGCUGUUCACUUAGUCUCUAUUGCAAAAAAGCUUAUCCAAAAGUUGAGAGAUGAUGGUUGGGAUAAUUUGCUUGAGAACAUCGUCUCUUUCUGCAAGAAAUCUGAAAUUGACAUUCCGGAUUUGAGUGCUCGUUAUAUUGAACGUCGAGGUCGUAAUCAAAAGAAUCACAUUACAGUGGAGCAUCAUUAUCAUUUUGACAUAUUCAAUACUACUAUCGACUUUCAAUUGCAAGAGCUUGAUAGUAGGUUUGGUGAAAAGGCGAUGGAACUUUUGACACUUAGCUCAGCUUUGGAUCCAAAAGAUGCUUACAAAUCCUUCAAAAUUGACGAUAUAUGUAUCCUUGCGGAGAAGUAUUAUCCUCUUGAUUUUUCUGAGAAGGAAAAAAUUAAUUUGAGAUGUCAAUUGAGGUAUUUUGAAUUUGAUGUGCUUACUGAUCCGACAUUACAAAAUUUAUCCUCUAUUGCAGAAUUAUGCCAAGGGUUGGCAAAGACAAAAAAAUCAAAGACAUACUAUCUUAUUGAUAGAUUGAUUCGUCUUGUUUUGACUCUUCCAGUGUUUACAGCAACUACCGAACGAGCAUUUUCAGCAAUGAAAAUUGUUAAAACACGACUUUGCAACGAAAUGAAGGAGGAUUUUCUUGCAAAUAAUUUAGUUAUCUAUAUUGAAAGAGAAAUUGCUGAGAGCUUCGAUUUAGAUUCGCUAGUUGAUGAUUUUGUACUUCUAAGUGACUGUAAAAUGCAGUUAUAGACACUUUUUUUUUGUUUUCUGUCUUUUUGAUAUAGUGCUGACAUGUAACAUUUCUAAUAUUUCAAUUUGAACACAUAUUUAUAAACUUU